AUGUCGUUUAUUCAACGCGCCGUGAAGGUGCCGCCCAACUCGGUGUCUCUGGAAGAAGCCAGGCACCGAGUCUUCGAUUUCUUCAGGGCCGCCUGCAGAUCCAUACCUACCAUCAUGGAUAUCUACAACCUAGACGACGUCGUUGCUCCCUCUCACCUCCGCUCCGUCGUCGCCUCCGAGAUCCGCAAGAACUCCUCCGUCACUAACCCUAAGGUCAUCGAUAUGCUUCUCUUCAAGGCAAUGGAAGAGUUAAAUAACAUCACUGAGCAUGCAAAGCAGCGACACCACAUCAUUGGCCAGUAUGUGGUGGGUCACCAAGGGCUUGUGCAGGAUUCGGGCACCAAGGAUCAGGGGGCCUCUGGUUUUCUCAAAGAUUUUUAUAAGAGCAAUUAUUUUGAAUUUCCGCUGCUCCCUGGAUGUGCUCACAUGAGACUUUGCUUUUGGGGCUUCCUAAAUAAAGGUGUACUUGACAAUGUUUUUUGUAUCUCUCUGUUGGAUGUAGAUUGUUAA